UUUAGCAGCUGAAAUCGCUUAAACACUCUCAGUUGAAUUUCAUAAGUUUUGAAGGUGUUUUUAGAAUGGAACUAGCGAAGAAAUGUCCGUUUUUGGCCCGCGUUCCCGCGUCGUUCGUUCGCAAAGCGAGAGGACCAGUAUUGGUCUCUUACGCCGAGCGAUGCCCAGUUAUGUCCGAAGUCUUACAUAAGGAGAGCGAAACCCCGAUGAAAAACGAAGGUAAGCUCUAUCAUUCUUUUUAUAAAUGCUUUCUUUCCUUCUUGAUCGAAGUGUUCUUUGUUAAGUUGUUAUGAACGUGAUGUAAAGGAUCUAGACAACGAGGAUUAAAAUAUAGGUAAGUAAGUAAGAAGACCAAUAGCUUUGAAAUUGACAUUGUGCCGAUCACCAACCUAAUACCAUCUGAUUCUGUCCCCUUUUUUACACAGGAGCCAGGACCCAUGGAGCAACAACUUCUGCCAAAGGUUUAUAUGUUAAAUAGACUUAGUAUUACCGUUGAUAGUAUUGAAAAUUAAGACCAUGUAAACAUAAAUUUAUAUGGUAGCAAAGCCAAUGCUUACAUAACUUCAACAUAAGAGCUUAACUACAUUUUACGUAUGCAUACACAAAACUCGUUAAAUUAAGUUAAAUCCUUUGCUAUAGUAGAACGAAGUGUUCAAAAAGCGGUUGAACUCGGCGAAAACUGCCUCUGGUAAAGUGACAAAUCAAACAACUGUUCUAAAAAGUACAUGCCUCUCGGCUCGCUUAUGAGAGUCUACGUUAGUCCGCUCGCGAACAUGCCUGUUUCAGAAUUUCAGUCAAACAUUAACAGAGUAUGAUUUAAAAUUUAAAAUUUUAGAUCGCCUCAUUAUUUUACCCUCUCGAACUACAACCACAAACAAUCAACAGAGCUUUUUCUUUUUCAAAUUUCUUUUCGUAAGUGUUUUCUUAUAAAUUUCCGUGAGGCUGUCACUCCAAAGCGGAAUUUCUUACUUACCUCAAUUGACGUAUUUCUUUGUUAUGCAAAAGUUUUAGUCCUUCCUUUGUUUAGUUCAAUUGUCGUCAACGCUAUUGAGAUCCAAUUUAUUCAUGACAGUUUUUUUUCUGUCAAGUCAUUGUUAACAACUUGUUAACCUUUGGCUUAAAUCUCCGUUAAAUAGCUGAUAAUUAUGAUAUUGCCUUUGAGACCCUUAAGCUUUUAAUUAUGUUUUUUUUUUGUUGUUUCACUGAAGUGUUGAAAUUAAUACACUGUUACAAACUGAUAACUGAGAUUCAUUGAGAUCAGUGUCACCAUAGUUAGUUGAGGAUACUGGUUAUGAAUGCUGACAAAGCAAAAACAAUGAUUCUACAUUUAACGAGACCCUGUUGGCCUAAAAUUCUGACAAGCAUCAUGGCCAUGAAACAGCAAUAUAAGGCAAGAUGAAAAGGCGACAGAUGACAUUAUGAUGGGUUAAAUACUGACAGGUUCAUGGCCUACUCCUGAAAAUGUGAAACAGUCAUAUUUGAAAUUUAGACUAGGGACAUACAUUCCCUUUUCCCUGCCCCUGAGAGGGCCUUGUUAAUGUUGGCAUCUCCCUGAUUGUGCUCCAUCUGUUGGUUUUGUUUACAAAUUGUGACGAAAUAAUUAAGUUAAAGGCGUGUUCCUAUUAGUCAGUGAGUUGGAUUGUUGCGCAUGCUCAAUUCUAACGUAAAGGUCAGUUUACAAGCUUUGAUGUGUACAGGCCCUGAUUAGGGAACCAAUGUCUAUGCAAAACAUAUGCUAAACACAAAAACUGGGCCAUUUUUUACCUGGAGUAUUUCUUUUACAGAAAUACUCUGGCUCAAUAAACAAUAUUGUUGACGUAAACCUGUGGUUAUAGUGACUGUUGGGCUGAGAUAGAUCAUUCCAACACGUUUAAUUAUUGUGUUACCCUUACUGUUGAGCUCUUCUAAUAAGGCUUUGCCCAUGUUGUCUAGGUAUUGUGGGUCUAGGAAUGUUUUGAUCAGAUCAUUUCUGAUUCUCUGUGACUCACAAUUUCAUUUGUCACUGAGUCUCAUUAUUGUGUUCUUUCCAUAUUCUUUCAAGUUUCAUAAAUUUUGCCUCCAUUUUUCCCCUCCCCCUCCCCUCCCCCACCUUUAGCCAUUAGCUAUUUCAGAGGGCUAAGUAAAACAUGAUUCGUCUUUUGUCUUAACAGUUGGAAAGUGUCCAUUCACGUUCAAUUCAGCGGCUGAAGAUGCUCAGGUGAAAUUUGAUCAGUUUGCUGGCUGUGCAUGUGAUUACAGGGAAGGUGCACCUAAGAAGGAGUCUUCUGUGCCAGCAGGUUUGUAAAAUAUUAACGUCUUUAUCUUUUUCAAAGCCUGUGCCAAAGACGAAACUAAACCCAUGGUUAGGUCUGUCUGUGAGUUAAUUAAUGCUGAAAUCUUUGUUCUGGGUCCCCACCUGUGUACUAGGGUUUGAGCAUGAGCACGAGGAGAUAGAGGAUAUUACAUGGCUGUGCCGAGAUACGAAAUUUCUCUUCGAGUGUUGAAAAAUAUUUCACGAGUGAGCGCAGCGAACCAGUGAAAUAUUUUUUCAAUACGAGACGAGAAAUUUUGUAUCUCAAAGUGGCCGUGUAAUGUUCUAUUUAUUAUAUAAACACCAAUGAAAUACCAAACCAUUUCAGAUCACUUGAAUAGUUUUUUGGUGUGAAAGGUGCAAUUUAUUACGUAGCCAUAGCAAUGGUGAUAUUUUCACAUGUGAAAAAAGAUAACGUGUUAUUUUCACAUGUGAAGAUAUCACGUUUUUGCGCAAAAUCUCACCUGGUAUUUCAUUGGGGUUUAUAUAAUGAAAUCAUUUAUUGUAUGGUUACUGAUAUGAUUCUAAUUCAGUUUUAAAAGGAUUUAAUUUGAUGUUUUAGCUUAUGGUCACGUUACUAUGUAAGUUACUGGUGAGGACCAGAUGACGAUCGAAUAGUAUCCCAUGAUGCACCUCGAUUCCUGUUAUAUUAUCACUGCGUACGUGACACAUGAUGAUCAGUAAUCUUCAGCACGCGCGAAGUGAACAUCGAUCGCAGUACUCGAUGUGGUUGGUUUCCAAACAUGUUUCGGUUCAGCAGCUUCUGCUUUUGAGAUUAUCGAGUUGGCUUAAAUUCACUGUGCUUUAAAGGAGAAUUUCAGUGUUGCUUUGACUGAGAAGGGUUUUACAUGUAUUUCACUGAUCUGUCGAGAACUACUUGUGCCGCGCUCGGUCGCACUGUAAACACAAAUUAUAAGACUCGCAAUUGGUAAGCUUCGCUAGAUUCACUAGGAGAACCCAGGCCAGAGGAGAACCAAAACUAUGAUUGAUCUAUAAAGUGGUUCCAACAAAACAUCCGCUACGCUGUGAAGCUAAUUACCAAAGGAGAAUUUAUUACAGCAUCGCGCUCAAAGGAGCUGAAGUUUACAAUGGCAGUUACAAACAAAAUUUAACCUAUCGAUGCGACAAACAAUUCUCUGAAGCACAGUCUACCCGGUACUGACUCAAGCAAUCUUCAAGGAAAUUUCCUGGCCAGAAUACUGAUCUGUUCUUUUGAAUAAAUAAAGUUUCUGAUGUUUCUUUUUCAAAUUCUGAGCAGGCUUCAGUUUACGUUGUGCCGGCUUGCAUGCUGCGUGGUACCUUUCUUUGGGUUCUUUUCACACUGAAACACACCGUUAUACACCGCUCCUUCUUCGAAUUAAAAUAAUUAUAGUCAAAUUCCUUUUAAAAAUAACCUCUUUGAAAAUAAAAAGUGAUUGCUUCGGCGUAGAGCGCUCUCAAAAGUGCCCAACAGAUUGUAGCCUUCAUCAGGCUUUACACAUAUUAUGACACAUGGCGUUGAAAUGUGAUAAAAGAUUCGAAAUUUCAGCCAUCUUUGGUCGACAAAAAAGUCUUCAAAAUGUGGGUACUUCUGGGUACUUCUUAGCCUGUACAAUAUUCAGGACUUCAUUUUGCUCGUGUAAGGUCCACAUUUGGGAGAUUUCAACAUAUAUUCCAAAAAAUCUUGAAUAUUCAUGACCUGGUUGUGGGUCACUGAACACUUUGUGAUGGGAAGACUAAUUGAAACCAUGAAAAUAAAUGUUUCUAUGUGGAAACUUCGCUCUUAAGCCAUUGCAAAUCGGAGAAAUCAUGUCAAAUAACGUAAUAAUGUAAUUUUUUUAUUUUUACUGGAAAUCGAGUGAGAAAAAAGCCGACGAGAAAACGACCUUACUUCAAGAUGGAAUCUGCUAUGACUGCGAUAUUGCGUGAUGCUUCUGGAAAAAUGCAUCAUGGGAUACUAUUCGAUCCUCCUCUGGGUGAGGACAUAAUUGGACAAAUUAAUAUUAGUAUUUUUGGUUUGAUUCAUGACUUGAAAUCUUUCCAUGGAGACUAAAUUUUGUUUUGACUGAUUAACUUUGUUAUGAGCAAGAGUUAUUGCAUAAUUCUAGAGAAACCUUAUCUUGAAUAUUCUAGGAAUUGUACUGCAGCUGGAGUUGUUUAAGCCGUCAUUAAGUUAAAAUACAAAAUGGCAAGUAGAAACUAAAACAAUAACCCCCAAACUAGCCUUGAAGUAUGGGGUACAUUGUAACACAUGCUUCAUUUGUGUUUGCAACAGAUGGCAAGUGCCCAUUUUCAAGUGGCAAGUUGGUGGUUGAUGCUUUGCAAAAAAUUCACCCCACCCCUGCUAUGAAAGUAGGAAGUGUGCUUCCUCAGACCACUGGUGUGCGUCAGAUGGUGACUAUGCCUUUAAGUGCCCAAGGUAAGGUAUUAGAAUGGAAGUUUAUGAUUCACGAUCGCUCGAUGCCUAAGUGACCUCUGAGUACCAUAACUAGCCACUAUGAGAUUUAUUUGUAGGUUCCUAAGACUUCUAAACAGAUUCUAAAUUGCUGUUUUGUCUUUAUUGAUGUGCUAAGUUUAUCUUUAAAAGUUUAAUGUUAAAUGUUAAUUUUAGGGGUCCAAGUGGGGGCGUUUAAUAGAUGGGAGGCGUUUAAAAGAGGGAGGUGUUUAUUCUCGUAACUCAUUUUAACGAACUCAACAUAACUGUAUACAGUAUGCUUUCGGCUCAAAACGUUUUUGUGUUAACAGAAUCUCGACUGCGGGAUGACAGCUUAUCUAGAAAUUGAACGUGACAUAAUACACAAACUGAUGUUUAUCAAGCAAUGAAAUUAAUAAGUUGAUUGAUUUUGCUCUAUUUCACCAUUUCCUAGUCUUUGGGGGCAAUUCUCAAGGGGGGCGUUUAUUAGAGAGGAGCGUUUAAUACUAACUUACCAGCAUAAGGAGGGCGUUUAUUAGAUAAGAGGCGUUUAUUUGAGAGUGGGCGUUUAUUAGAUCAUUUACGGUACUCAGUACUGACAUAUCAAUUUUUUUUGUCGUACAGGGUUAGCUCCCAGUCUUGAAGCCUUCAAUUCUCAUUUUGAUUACGAUCAAUUCUUCAUGGGGGAAAUUGAGAAAAAGAAGAAGGAUGACACGUAUCGCAUCUUUAAGAAGGUGAAUCGUCUGGCAGAAACAUUUCCUCAUGCCAAAGAUUUCAGUUACAACACUCAAGGGAAGAACAUCACUGUAUGGUGCAGCAAUGACUAUCUUGGAAUGAGCCGACACCCAGAGGUCUUGAAAACUGCCAGGUAAGAUUGGCAUGUUAUGUACUUAGUCUUAACAGUUGGUGGCAACGAAAAGGGAGCGAGGGAGGGUGCUGCUCUGGAAAUUUUUUUUUUUUGCCCUGUGGGCCACCAUUUUGAAUAAAAAUGAGUGGCCCUUGUCUAUAUCUACUAAUAGUAGUACUUAAGACAGCUCCUUUCAGUGUAGAUGAAAACACUUCAAGCUCUAGUAUCAACUUCUACAUUCUCUUUGUUGGUCUAAUCUUGUUUUGAGGCAUUGAUUCCUUUCUCUUUUAACUCAUGCGGCACUUGUAUUGAUAUUGUUUGAGUAGUUACAAUAUAGCAAUAUUUCGCUCUAUGUCACCUAUUGAUAUUUAUGUCAAAACCAGCGGCUUUUUAGCCCUUGAAGGAAUGGGCGACUUUUGAUGCAGUGGCUGGUACAUUUGAAUAACAAAAACAAUCUUUACAAAAUUGAAGGAUCACUCUGUGAAAUGAAUAAAUAAUUUGCUGCAUCACCAUAUCUGCUCAUAGGGUAGAAUUUCAUAGUUCAGCUAUAACAAUAAUUUACCAACUGCCACUAGUUUAGGAAUGGUAGAAUGUACAGCAGUAGUUGUAUUAUUUUGGUAACAAGUAUUUUCCUGUAUUUUGGUUCCAGUGUAAUUUUAUUUAAAAACAAAAAACACUACUUUGAUCCCACAGAGAAACUAUUGAGAAGCAUGGAGUAGGUGCUGGUGGCACCAGGAACAUCUCUGGAACGAGCAGUUUUCAUGAAUCCCUCGAGGCAAGGCUUGCUGAGAUACACCAGAAGGAAGCGGCUCUGCUGUUUACAUCUUGUUAUGUUGCCAAUGACACUACUCUAUUUACACUGGCAAGGCAGUUACCUGGUAUGCAAAAACGCACCUAGUAGGAAUAAUGCAACUAGAGCUGUAGUCCUUGGAAUUGAGUACACAGUAACAGAAUUUUAGAGUGCCUAAUGAAAAAUUCAAGAAGUCACAAAUUUUAUCUUGCAAAAAAGUGACAUUACCAUAAUAGUAGUACAUAGAAGUUUCAUUGAGUGGUGACCCUAAAGUUUGUUUAGUAUACAGCACCACAGGAAAGUACUGCUCAGUAGCUUUCGCUUGAAUGGUCACACUUCAGGAUUUCAUCCACAGACUCAAAAGUUAGAAUCACGUUCUUCAGCGCCAUUGAUGACACAAUUUUUCAGCUUUACAAACAUCCUUUCGUGCCUGUUUUUUUUCCAAAUUGCACACAAAAUAAUAAUAAUAAUAAUAAUAAUAAUAAUAAUAAUAAUAAUAAUAAUAAUAAUAAUAAUAAUAAAACAUGUUAUUAUCUAUACAAACCACCGCAACCUAUCUUAUUUAUUUUAUUUGUUUGGUUCCUUGUGUUCUUUAUUUAUUCACUUCUUUGUUUAUAUAUUCUCUCAGGCUGUUUGAUAUUCUCCGAUGCUGGUAACCACGCAUCCAUGAUCCAGGGCAUUAGGAACAGUGGCGCUAAGAAGUUCAUCUUCAGGCACAAUGAUGUGGAACACCUUGAACAGCUGCUUCAAGAAGCAGACCCUGACGCACCCAAGAUUGUUGCUUUCGAGACUGUUCAUUCCAUGACAGGUGAUGUGUGUCCGUUGGAAGAGCUCUGUGAUGUAGCGCACAAGUACGGCGCGCUGACAUUUGUUGACGAGGUGAGUUCUUCCAUUUUCAGAAAAAUACGGAUGAACCUGGUUGAAACAAUUGCUUUGUUCAUGCAAAAACUUGCAAGACGAAGAACAGCAAGCGGGUAUUUCUUAGAUUAAUUAAAGAGGAUAUGUAAUGAGGGUAAUGCUGAUUUACGUCAAUUCUGUGCUGACGUCAUUCCUGUGGAGUUAUGAAGAAGACAGGAAACAAAUUUCAUCGGGGAGCACUAACUCCAAUCAUUUCUUUUGGUGAUUUUUGCUGACAUAGCACUUACAUGUAGCACUAAACGUGAACAAGUUAGCCCAACUUUUUGAAGUUUCAAUCUAUGUCCAUCCUUCCCAUCCGUUUUAAAUGACGACAUGAAACAGUUUCCAUGCCUAAAUAUAGCCUUAAAUAUCAAAACUGGACCAUUAUUUUUGGAAUUCAAUUGAUGCGAAGACGAGUUUUACCUGUAAAAAGAUAGGAAAUGGCGUAAAACGAAAGCAUGCCCAAGGUAUUAGGGUGAAACUGUUGAAAAAGUAUCUACGCUUUACUUGAUUGAGACACCAAAACCCAAAGAACCCUGCGCGAGAUACAUACAGUACAUGGGGGUCUAUACUUCAGACUGAUAUUAAACCUACUCUGGUCUCAGUAACUUAAGCUCAAACUUUUCUACCAUGUUUUAUCUGUAGGUCCACGCAGUGGGUUUGUAUGGCCACAGCGGUGCGGGUAUCGGAGAUCGUGACAAUAUCAUGCACAAGAUGGAUAUUAUCAGUGGAACCCUCGGCAAAGCCUAUGGAGCCAUCGGUGGUUACAUCGCCGGAACUGAGGCGCUGGUUGACAACAUCCGUAGCUAUGGUUCCGGGUUCAUCUUUACCACUUCCUUGCCCCCUGUCACCGUGAAUUCCGCCAUAACAUCUGUUGGUAUCCUGGCCAGUGGCGAAGGACGAGAGCUGCGCAGACAACAUCAGAGUGUGGUACAUACACUGCGCAAUAAGCUCGUCAGUGCUGGGUUACCUGUGGUGUAUGCUCCGAGCCACAUUAUACCUGUGCAUGUAAGUGUUGUCUUUCUUUACGUCUGUAGUCAGACAGUUAUAGAAAUAGAAAAGAAGAAAUCCUUCUCGGGAGUUUGAGAUUUCGAGAACGGACAUCAGGAGCCACGGAACGCCAACAUGCACUUUAAAUCUUUGGGUGUUUUUUUUUUAGGUUGGCGAUCCUGCCAAGUGCACGGCCAUCUCCAAUGAGAUGCUUUCCAAAUAUGGCAUGUACGUUCAGUCCAUUAACUACCCCACAGUGGAACGAGGCAAGGAGAGGCUGCGCAUUGCACCAACACCCCAACACAAUGAAGAGAUGAUGGAUAAGUUCACUGAUGCUUUGGUCAAGGUGUGGCGAAACAAUGGCAUGGAGUUCCUUACUCCCGUUUGCACCACCGAGUGCGAUUGCCAGGAUCGCUGCAUCACUUACAAGGAGCUGGAUUGUGACAAGUACGCUUCACAAGUGGGAGCCGCCUAGAGCUGUUGGCACUCCGAAUCUGGCCGCUUAAUGAGUUGUGUAGCACAUAUUCUACAGAAUGGAAUAAGCCUGAAUUGUCAAUUGUAGUAAUUUAAGUUACAAUGUAAUUUCAAUCUGGAAUUGAAACUGGAAUAAUCAGUCACGCUUACGCACCUAUAAAACUGUCUUCUCUUUGUUGUGAUAUUUUUCACGUUUAUCAUGCACUCUAACACGCGAAAUCUUUGAAGAAACAGUUUUUGUCCCCAACGUUUCUGUUAAACCCCUUGUUAUUAAAUUAAUCCAGAAAGACAGUAUUAUGCAUCACAACGAAAAUUGAACAUAGCCUCUCUUUUUGCAGAUGUCUUCUUGAAACUGCCCCGCUCUGAACAUCCCCCACCCCACCCACACCCAGACACAAACACAAAUCCACUACCCCCACCGCUUAAAAAAAAAAGCCUCGUCGAAAAUUAAUGGACACCUAACCAUUUUCUCAUAGACCAUAGUGUACCUUGUUUACCGC